AUGUCCGAGGACUGUCUUCGGAGAGGGUCCCAGGUGGGGCGCCCGGCUGCGCGGGCCCUCCGCGCGCCCUCCCGCCCCUGGCGGCGGCCGCGCUCCUCCCCCGGCUCUGCCUCCCGCCGCCCUCCCUCUUUCCCGCGCUCCCUCCCCCGCCCGCCGAGCCCGCGCCGAGCCCGCGCCGAGCCCGAGCCGGAGCCGGAGCCGGAGCCGGAGCCGGAGCGCGGGCAGCACGGAGCGGGCGGCGGGAGGCAGCGGAGUCGGGCGGCCAGCGGCCCCGGCGCCGCCCCCGCUAGGCCCAGGACCCGCACACCUCCCGGCCGGGAGGAGCGGGAACCGCGCGCAGGCCACGACCCGCCGCCCAGCCCUGGGGGCAGCCCAGGCGCGGACCGGCCGGCCCGGGUCCGAGGUGAGCCCCGGCGGAGGACGCGCCCACCGGAGGGGCGGCCUCCCGAGCUCCGGACCGAGCGCACCCGGGGCUGCGCUCCCAGAGGAGGCCGACGGCCGGCCGGGGAGGCGUCCGCAGGGAGCCAGCGCCCGGGCGGCGGGGCCGGCGCGAUCCCUGAGGGCGCGGAGGAGCCGGCGCGGGGGCUGCGCGGGGGCCACCGUCCGCCCGGGCUCCGGCUGGCCCUCGCACUCCGGCUGGCGCUGCUGCUGGCGCGGCCGCCGUCGGGCCGAGCGGGGGCCCCCGAGGCUCAGGGGCCCGCGGCACCCGGCACCGCAGCCCCGGCCGGGGGCGACCGCUGCCGCGGCUACUACGACGUGAUGGGCCAGUGGGACCCGCCCUUCAACUGCAGCUCAGGCGCCUACAGCUUCUGCUGCGGCACGUGCGGCUACCGCUUCUGCUGCCACGACGGGCCGCGGCGCCUCGACCAGAGCCGCUGCUCCAACUACGACACGCCGGCCUGGGUGCAGACCGGCCGCCCGCCCGCCCGCGCCCGCGACGCCGCCGCGCCCCGGGACCCGGGCCGCGAGCGCAGCCACACGGCCGUCUACGCGGUGUGUGGCGUCGCUGCGCUGCUGGUGCUGGCAGGCAUCGGGGCGCGUCUGGGCCUGGAGAGGGCGCACAGCCCGCGCGCGCGGCGCACGGUGACCAGGACACUGACAGAACUUCUGAAGCAGCCAGGCCCCCAGGAACCCCUGCCUCCACCUCUGGGCCCACCCCUGGGUAGCUGCGUCCAGGUGCAGAUGGGGGAUGGCCUCCCCCAGGGCUCGCCCCACAACAGCACAGACAAGAAACGCCUCAACAACGCGCCCUUGGGGUCGGCCACCCCGGGGCCCCCGCGCGUCCCCCGGCUGCAGGGCGGCGGCAGGACGCUGCAGGCCGACUACGCCAAGUAUGCCACGGUCAAAGCCGCCGCGCUCAAGGCCGCAGAGGCCGCCCCGCAGGACUUCUAUCAGCGUUUCCCCGCCCCCGAGCCGGUCCCGCGGGUCCCGCAGCCGCCCGAGGACCUGCCCGCGCUGCUGGACGCCUGCCCCUGGGCCCCGCCCGGCUACGCGCCCCCUGCCGGUCCCGCCGCGUCGGGCCACUACGCGGCCUGGACGGCCGGUCGCCCGGCCCGGCCCGCCCCCCGCGGCCACCCGGUGGCGCAGGCGUCCCCGGCGCCCCGGCAGCCCGGCCACGUGCCCCGGCGCCAGUUCAGCGUGGAGAAGCCGCCCGAGGCCUUCGGCCAGCAGCCCCCCAGCCUUUACGGCAGCGCGGGCCGCGGGUCCCGGCACCUGAGCACCAACAGCAAAGCCGAGGUCACGGUGUGAAGCGGAGCGCUGUCCUCCUGAGGCACAGCCCGGGGGCGGAGGGCAGGGGAAGAGGGGGCCAGCUCUUCCUUCUGCGCCAACUGGAUGGGGGCCUUGGAGCCUGCAGGGCCCGGGUUCCUGGUGUAAAUAAACCCUGUUCUGUGGUUCCUCCCCCUGAGAAUAAAGGAGCCCCAGCUUGGCUGCAAGAGG